AUGUUACUCGGCCGCAGUCUGUUGCAGACGACGGCGCGCGCCGACGCACAGAGCGCCGCCCCCAGUGAUGCGACACUCGACGCGAUACGGGCGCACGACGUCUUUUUCUGUGAUAUGCUGGCGCACAUUCCAGCGCAUGUGUACUUUCCUACCGACGCGGAAGCGAAUUGGAAAAAGACGGCGCCACGAAAGUACCACAAGAACGUACAGGCGCAGCAACAGCGCGAGUCGACCAAGAAGAGCGUCUUGAAGCGCGCCAAGUUCUCUCCGGCAGCCGCGCCGAGCAACGAGGCGCGUCAGCAGAGCUCCGCCGCACCCGGGCCGCAGGAAACGAAGCAGCACGUGCUGGCGCCGGUGAAGCGGCUGCCGCUGCACGGGGAGGCGCACAAAGGAGGCGCUCUCGACGGUCUCCGCGCUCGUCUCGCUGUAAAGAUCCAGACGAUGCGGGAGCAGCGCAAAGCCGAGGAAACGACGGGCAAGAAACGGCCGUCUCGAGCCGAAGUCGUGGCCGAGCAGCGCGCGCUGAAGAAGCGCAAGACAGCAGCCAAUAAGAGCAAAGCACGUGCGGACAAGCGCGAGCACGAAGCGGCUGCACAGUCGCCGGAAGACGGCCAAGCGGCGCCUACAACGGACUCCGCCGUCGACACGACGUCUAUCUCGUACGGCAGUUUGCUGCUGGACGACGGCGUUGAAAAAGACAAGAAAGCGCCCGCGACGCGUCAUGGACAGAGCGUGCGUGGUAUUCAGAAUUUGCUCAAGAAGGCGGAGCGCAACGCCCAGCGGCUCGAGGAGCUGAAAAAGACGGAAGACGGAGCGGAGAAGGUCAAGGCCAAGGGCUGGGAGACGGCGCUGCACCAGGCGGCAGGGAAAGUGGUGCUGGACGAUCCAAAACUGCUGCGAGCUAAGCUGAAGAAGAAGGAGAAGUCCAAGGCCAAGAGCUCGAAAGAGUGGAAGGAACGGGUGGCGAAGCUCGAGGUGUCGAAGAAGGAACGACAGAAGAAGAAACUGUCGAACGCCUUGGGUCGCGGGAAGAAGGAGGCGGUGAAGCCGGUGGAGAAGAAAGGCCGAAAGGGACCGCGCGCUGGUUUCGAAGGUAGAAAGGGUGACGCGUUUCUGAACGCGGGCAAGAAGGGAAGUAAGUUUGCAGGUAAGAAAUCGGCAGCACCGAGCAAGUAG